AAUGGAAAGAUUACAAGUGCACUUUAAAAGGUGAAUAUAUGGAAAAAUAUAAGAAUAAAGACGCUUUGCUGAAAAAUAGACUAAGUCGCAUACCGAGGGAUCAAUGGACUGGUCUUGUCUCUUAUUGGGUUUCUGAUAAAGCUAAGAGGCGUACCCAAGCAAAUAGAAACAAUAGGACCAAACAAAAGAUGCCUCACACAGGAGGAUCCAAAAGUAUUGCUACCUUGAUGGAUGAGAAGGCUGAAAAUGGGAUAGAGCCUACACGAGGACAAAUAUAUAUAUUAACUCAUAAGAAACGUAAGGAUGGUAGACCGCUGGAUGAGGAUUGUGCCAAGACAAUCGACAUGAUAAAUGAAAGGAUAAGCAAUGGUGAGAGAUCUACUGAACGACCUCCUCACAGUGUUUCUUGGGAAGGCGAUGUGUAUUCGCAGGUGUUGGGAAAUGAAAAAAGUGGGUAUGUUAGUGGUUUAGGACUUGGUCCAACUCCUUCUGUUCUAUGGGGUAGUAGAUUUUCCUUAGGAAAUAUUGUUUUAGAGGAUUCAUCUAAGGAGGAUGUACAAAGGUUACAACAUGAGAUAGCUGAGUUAAAGGCUAAACAAAAUGAAGAAAUGAAUUUGAUGAAACAAAAUUAGGAGAAGAUGCAAGCAAAACAUCAAGGAUACCCAGUGUUAAUUAACGUGGUAAUAUUUAUAGGUCCCCGACGCCAAUAGUGGCCAUGAACUAGUACCACAAACAUCAAGGAUACCA